AUGGAGAAUCUUUGUCAGAGUCUGGCCCCCCUGUCCCCUUGUCCUUUCUCCCCGUCUUGCCACCCGGGCUCCCUAUCGCCCAUCUCCUUCCCCCCGUCCCCGUCCCUGUCCCGGUCGGCGCACGGCGAGUCGUCCCUUUCCCCGCCGUCGCAGCGAUACUCGGAGGCCGCGCGAGACCAGGACGACCUGACUUGCCUGAGCUGGCUGCACCAACGGGGCGACCUCCUGCCUCUGCGGCCGCUCCCCAAAGCGCCGCCGCCCCCCGGGGGCGGGACGGAGGUCGACCCCGGCUCGGCCAAGCCGCCGUACUCCUUCAGCAGCCUGAUCUUCAUGGCCAUCGAGGACUCGUCAGACAAGAGGCUGCCGGUGAAGGACAUCUACGGCUGGAUCGUGGACAAGUUCCCCUACUACCGGACGGCGGGCGCCGGGUGGAGGAACUCGGUCAGGCACAACCUGUCCUUGAGCAAGAGCUUCUGCCGCAUGGAGAGGGACAAAAGUCAGGACUUGCUUGUGUUGCAGUCGGUGGGGAAAGGGUCCUUGUGGUGCGUCAGUCCAGAACAUCGAGCGUCCCUUUUGGAAGUUCUCCGCAAAACGCACGCUUAUCACAGCGCCAACAGCAGCCUGAUUAACAAGCCCGCCCUGUUGGAGGACGUGGACUACAGUGGCUCGGUGGUGUGCGACUCCAUGGAAAUGGCGGAUUGUCUCCCUCACACGUUGACGCUCUCGCCGCCCGCCCCGACGGCGGAUUUCCCGCCGACGCCGGAGCGGGAAGAUCCGGAGGGCCGGCCGGACCGAGACCCGCUCGCCGACGGCGGCUACAUCGAGCUGCGCUACUACCAGUCGCCCGAGUACCAGUACCUGGUUCUGCCGGACGACACCGAGCUGGACCUGGAGACGGUGGAGAUCCUGCAACUGGACGCCGAAGCGCAGGAGGCUGCCGGAUCGCUGCUGGACCUGGCCGGAAGCGCUCAUUAA